AUGGAUGAACAAAAGAUUCUCAUUGAACAACUGGAGCAACUUGUGUCUGAAUUUGAAGCUCAGUUUGAUGCCUUUCAACUCCCGUUAACGGAGUUCUUGCAGGAUUUUUGGUAUCAUCGAAUGAUGAAUUUCUACUCAGAGCGUAAUCCUUUUGAUAAAAAGUAUUAUGAAGAAACCAGACACCUGGGAAUAUCUUGGGAGGUUGACGACGGUCCAAUACCCCUGGUUGUUCAACUCCUCGGUCCAGAGUUACAAGAGUUAGACACGACGGGUAAAGUGUAG